AUGUUGAGAUCAAAUGAUAUGACUAAAUCUACCAAACGUCGGAGGUUAUUAGAAGAAUUAAAUUUUAUUCAACACCUGACUGAUAGUAAUGUUUUGCCUGGUACAAAUGAUUUAGUUGAUUUAGACAACCUAUCCCCGUUAAAUGCUGGUAAUAAUAUUCCUUUAGAAUUGAGUAAUGAUUAUCCUAUUGAGGUUGAAAAUUUUAAUACUGAAAUAAUAUAUAAUACUAUCAACGACAAGGUAUCUGAUCACAUUGAAUUAAGCAGGGUUUCAAACACUUCAAAUCUAGAUUUGAAUUUGAGAAAUGUUGAUGACAAUGGUUCUGCCAUGACACAACAACCGUUUUCUACCAAAUUAAUUCAAUGA